GACGGCCACCCCUCGGGAUAGCUGUCUCGGCUUUGUUCUAACCCGUCGACCUUUGUUCUCAAAUUUCUAUGAAUUACUGGGAUCGAGUCCCUGGUUUCCUAUUUCAAAUCAAAAUCUUCAAUUUGAUUGCUUUUGAAAAAGAGGAUGAAGUCUUCAAGGAUCCUUCGUCGCGCGCCCCUGCGCUGGGCCAUACCCGGAGCUGGCGAAACCACUGUAGCAGCUCGCUUCGCAGCACCGUCGACAACGAUGACCUCCCAGGUCCAGUGCCGCCGAGCGGCAAGCAGCCUCUCUCAGCGACCCAACGCGAACCAUGUCUCCUUCCCGGGCGCCGUGAAGAGCGCCUUUACGAACACUCUCAAGUUCGAGACCCCCGGCGACUACCCCGCCGUCCCAACCUACCGCGUCGUCGAUCAGGACGGCACCGUCGUCGACGAUGCCUUCGUGCCGGAUCUGGGUGAGAAGGAUAUCGUCAAGCUCUACAAGGACAUGAUCUUUAUCUCCGUCAUGGACCUCAUCAUGUUCGACGCACAGCGCCAGGGCCGGCUGAGCUUCUACAUGGUCUCGGCGGGCGAGGAGGCGCUGAGCGUCGGUUCAGCGAGCGUCCUGACCCCCGAGGACGUGAUUUUCUGCCAGUACCGUGAGCAAGGUGUUUUCAAGCAGCGCGGUUUCACGACAGCGGACUUUAUGAACCAGCUGUUUGCCAACUCCAAGGACCCAGGCCGGGGGAGGAAUAUGCCGGUGCAUUAUGGCAGCAAAGAGUUGAAUAUUCACACCAUUUCAUCACCCCUAGCAACACAGCUGCCACAAGCUUCCGGAGCAGCCUACGCUCUCAAAAUCCAGCGGAUGCAAGACCAGUCUAUACCCCCGCGAGUGGUUGCUGCUUACUUUGGGGAGGGCGCCGCUAGCGAGGGCGACUUCCAUGCGGCGCUGAACAUCGCGGCCACGAGGUCGUGCCCCGUAAUUUUCAUCUGCAGAAACAACGGCUACGCCAUCUCAACGCCAACGCUGGAGCAGUACCGGGGCGACGGAAUUGCCAGCCGGGGUCUGGGCUACGGCAUCGACACCAUCCGGGUGGACGGCAACGAUAUCUGGGCCGUCCGGGAGGCGACCAAGAAGGCGCGCGAGAUGGCGUUGGAGAAUGGGGGCAGGCCGGUUCUGAUUGAGGCCAUGACCUACCGGGUGAGCCACCACAGCACCUCGGACGACUCGUUUGCGUACCGAGCCAGGGUCGAGGUCGAGGACUGGAAGCGGAGAGACAACCCCAUCACGCGGCUGCGCAAGUACAUGGAGGCCAAGGGCAUGUGGGACGAGAGCAAAGAGAAGGAAUGCAGGGAGUCGACGAGACGGGAGGUGCUCAAGGCGUUCAAGGAGGCCGAGAUGGAGAAGAAGCCACCCAUCCGGGCCAUGUUUGAGGAUAUUUACGAGGAGCUGACGCCGGAUUUGAAGCAGCAGAUGGGACAGUUACGCGAGCAUCUGGACAAGUAUCCGGAGGAGUACGAUUUUAACGAGUUCGAGGGAGGCAAGGGCAGCUUAAAGGCGUAGACUAGCCAUGUUACACGAUAGCUGCCUAAAAAGAACAAAAGAAUAAGGCAUCCUCAGCGAUAAAGCCAAACGGGACGGGAUUGGCCUCCAGAUACUGCUCUCCGCCCCGUCUCCGUGUUGUCCAAACGUCUUAGGAAUUUAUUAUUAUUUUUUCGUCCUUUUUUCUUUCUGGCUCCAUCCCCAUCCCUCUGCUUCGAUUUGGAGCGUUGGCCCGGACAUUUCAUUCAUUGCUAGGUUGUGAUGGCGCAACAAGAACAACGAAUUUCGCCUCUCUAACCCCCACAGCGCUCGAGUCUGCCCUGUCAGAACCUAGGCCUCGCCAGCGGAAUACAUAGGCGUAA